AUGCUGUGCACAGCAGCCGUGGCCCAGGACUGUCGCCCAGGCCUGGACUUAGGGGAGGUGUCCUGCACCCGCGCCAACAAGGGCGCCAGCAACCCUGAGCUGCUGGUUCUGACCACCUCCCUGCACCAAGGCCAGGCUGCCCAGGACAGCAAGGCAGCAGGACUGGGCACUGGCCUCUCAAACCUGGCCUGGCUCUGGUUUGGGAGGCAGACACUGCACCAGAGACCAGCGGGCAGCCCAGGGCAUGUGUGGCUGCUGCCGUCACCGGGGCAACUCCAAGGGAGCGAGUGGACACCGAGCAGUGGCCCCGCUCUGGGCACUACGGGGCCUGUCUGCUCCGGGGGCCUGUGGCCUGCAUGGACGUGGAAACAGCCUCUGAAGGGGCCCUGGCGCAGCUGUAAGGUCCUCUGGCUGCCAGGCUCCCACUGCAGGCCUGUGCCAGGGCUGUGUUCUGCAGCAGACGUGGAAAGGUCCCUGGGGCAGGCAGACUCAGGAUGGGACCAGGAGGCCCCUUGUCCCCCCACGGAAGGUGACAAGCUCCACCGGCCCCUCCUUUCAGACUGGGCCAGCCUAGCUGCCCGGCUCCCAGGACCGGUCGCCGCUGCACAGGGUGGUCCAGCCUCAGUGGACAGCAGGUGUCCAGAGCCCUGGGGGGGACUCCACUGUCCUGGGGUCUACAUGCGGUGGCCCCCCGUUCCUUCCCCAAACCCUGGGCACAAGAGCUGCAGCUGCUCGAUGCCCAGCCUGGGAGCUCUGGGUGCCCUAAGGGUGAAGGGACGGAGGCUGCUGCUCAGCACUCUGCGGGCAGCUCCCAGGCCUGCGGCCAUGUUCAGAAGCCAGGUUGGGUCAGGUGGGGGGCCAGGGACUCGAGGUAGCACUCUGAGGGAGGGUGGGCCGAGGAGAGGGCGGCUGGGGGUCCUGGGAGUGAGCUUGGGUUUUAAAGGGUCUCCUCUACAGCCCUUUAGCGGUCGCUGUGUUGAAACUCCCAUCCUGUUUCGUGGGUCUUUGCGUUAUAAAGCGCUGGGCUGAGGACGGCCAGCAUCACGAGGUCCAGCAUUCUGGAAUCUUCUCUGGGCUCACGCCCUGCCUCUGAGCGUCCUCGUGGCCAAGCCCAAGUGCCCUCUGCACACACAUGUGCUCAACUAAACAGUGGGCCACCCAGGAGAAAUAACGGUGGGUGGCUGGGCAGACCCUGGCCCCCCGCCCGCGCCCUCCGGUUCUUCGGGGCUUCUGUUUUGUUCUACUUUACGAGGAGCACAAUCCACGGAAAGCGGCAGCGAGGCCACACUGGGGGCACAUGAAUUCCAUGGCGUGCAGGGCCUUGGGGGAGAGGGGCUGCUGCCUUCCCAGGUCUGCGGGGCGGGCGGGAGGAGCGUGAC